AUGGCGUCAACGAUCUCCACACCUGCUCACCCUCAAGACCAAAACAAGCCGCUUACUAUCAUUUGGCGGGACCAGGCCGACCCUGCGACGUAUGAAGAAGCACGGACCAGGAAUCUCUUCAACGCCCAGUCGCCGAGACGAUUUCCCAUUGCAGUUGUAUAUGUACGGAAUACUUCGGACAUUGUAAGGACAGUCAAACUCUCAAUCGAGAAAGGCUGCCGAAUCUCCGUUCGCGCUGGUGGACACAGCUAUGCAAGUUGGAGCGUCCGGGAUGAUGCUAUUCUCGUGGACUUGGGAGGCCUUUUCAAGGACCCAAUCUUUGAUGACAACACUGGUAUCGUUCGUGUGACUCCUAAUACAACAGGACAGGAACUAGCAAGUUACCUUGCCGGAAGAAAUCGGUUCUUCCCGGUCGGGCAUUGUCCGGGCGUCGGCCUCGGAGGAUUUCUUCUCGGUGGCGGAAUGGGGUGGAACUGCAAUAAUUGGGGCUGGGCAUGCGAACAGGUCAAGGCAAUCGAUGUUGUUACAGCGAACGGUUCACUUCUCCGCGCCGAUGCUCAGCAAAACAGUGAUCUCUUCUGGGCAGCAAGAGGCGGUGGGCCGGCCUUCCCCGGUGUCGUCUCGUACUUUUAUCUUCAAACUAGGCCAGCAUCCAAGUGGAUGUUCUCCUCCGGAUAUGUUUACCCCAUGAGACAUUACAAGACCGCCUUUCAUUGGGCGCUGAAGAUACCCUCUUACCUCACUGACGGCCUCGAGAUCGUCGCCGUCGGUAGUUAUCACCCGGAUAUUAAGGAGCCAUGCAUCAUGAUUGCUUUUACCGCGUAUGGUGACCAAGAAAAUCUUCUCCGAGAUGUUUUGCAAAGAAUAGAAGAAUCUCAUCCCAAGGGUAAGGUGGCUCACUGGUUUUGUGAAGAGACUAGCAUACAGCAAGAGCUCGAUAAAAAGGACCGGGCCUUUCCCCAUGGCCACAGAUACUUUGUUGAAAAUUCGUGGCUUCAGAGUGAUAUCGAUGUUGCUGCCGUACUUGAGACAGCCUUUACGGCAUUACCCAACAACAAGUCAAUGGUCCUGUGGCAAUCAAUGGUCCCCUGCAGUCGACGCAAGCUUCCUGAGAUGGCACUAAGCAUGCAAUCUGAUAACUACUUCGCCUUCUACGGGAUAUGGGAGGAUGAGAAUGAUGACCAUCAUUGCCAGUCGGUGAUCAGUGAAAUCAUGUCGAAGGUUGAAAAGUACUCCGUUGGCUCCUAUUUGGGAGAGCUUGAUUUCAGAGUUCGGAAGUCGAAAUACUGGCAAGAAUCGCAGCAGACCAGUAUCCUAGAAAUCAGGCGUAAAUGGGAUCCCAAAGGGCGCAUUUGUGGUUGUCUUGGGCUCGAGGAAAUGGACAACCAUGAGGGGAAACACGUGUGA